AUGCGCGACAUGCCGUCAAGAUUUAUCGAAAUCCUCGAUGCAGAAGAUUCCUCGCACCUGAGAAUGUCCGCCUCAGACGUCCGCCUCGAAGACGUCCUGGCAGACCACGAAGCCACCGUCAACAGACGCCGUUCCUCAACACAAUCUUCCAGCAGCAAAGUUAGCCUCAAAUUUAGAACAGACCGGGAUCGGGAUCACGCACCCUCUCCAUCCCAACGGUUGAAAAGGCUCAGCAAUAUCCUCCGGCGGGACGGCAAGGAUGGUUGA